UGCAAAGGGAAAGCGGACUGGGUGCAGAGCAUCAUCCAGGGGAGGGCGAGACGAGAUGUUUACUCCUUGUGAUUUUCUGGAGAAAUAUUAGCCACACCGCCGCCGCCAUGCCGUAGACAACCCGCCGGGCGUGUAGAUGAAGCCUAACGGGGACUACAGCAGGGAGGAAGCGGGGUGGCUGUAACCGAGUGGAGGGAGGAUGUACUGGGCUGCUGGCUUCGCCUCAUCCCGGCCGUGUGUGGUUGAACUCGGGCGGAAUCACAGCCUGCCCCUGGGGCUGUGCGGCUCCGAGCAGCAGCAGUCUUUGUAUGGCUAUAUCAUCGCCUUCCCUCUACAGGACUACGGGGGCAUCAUGUCGGUUCUGGGCUCGGACUCCUGGUGGAAGAAGACUCUGUACAUCACCGGGGGGGCCCUGCUGGCUGCUGCAGCCUACCUACUGCAUGAGCUGCUCGCCAUCAGGAAGGAGCAGGAGCUGGACUCUAAAGACGCCAUCAUCCUCCAUCAGUUCUCCAGGCCAAAGAAUGGCGUGCCCAGCCUCUCACCCUUCUGCCUCAAAAUAGAGACAUACCUGCGCAUGGUGGACCUGCCCUACCAGAACUACUUUGAUGGGAAGCUGUCGCCGCAGGGUAAGAUGCCCUGGCUCGAGUACAACCACGAGCAGGCUUCAGGGUCAGAGUUCAUCGUGGACUUUCUGGAGGAGAAGCUGGGUGUCAACCUCAACAUUAACCUCACCCCGCAGGAGAAAGCUGUGUCCCGAGCUGUCACCAAAAUGGUCGAGGAGCACCUGUACUGGACAAUAGCCUACUGCCAGUGGGUGGACAACCUGGAGGAGACUCAGAAGCUUCUGGCGAUGAGCGGCCCCCUGAGUGACACACUGAAGUGGCUGCUGAGCCACCUGAAUGGCAGCAUGGUGCGCAGGGAGAUGUACGGCCAUGGCAUCGGACGCUUCUCGAAGGAGGAAGUCUAUGCACUGAUGGAGAAGGACAUGAGGACGCUGGCCACGCUGCUGGGAGAUAAGAAGUACUUCAUGGGCUCUAAGAUGUCGACAUUAGAUGCUACAGUGUUCGGGCAUCUUGCCCAGGCCAUGUGGACUCUGCCUGGGACACGACCAGAGCAACUCAUCAAAGGAGAGUUGAUCAACCUGGCAAUGUUCUGCGAGCGGAUGCGGAGGAAGUUCUGGCCCGAGUGGUUCGUGGAGGUGGAGGAUAUUUAUUUUGACGGAGAUAGUGAGAGCAGCGGCGGCGGCAGCGGUUCACCUACAGGCUUGCUGGACUUUGGCCUCUUCUCCAGGACUGACACUCUGGACGACAGCGACGGCAGCUGCCACUCAGCCGGACACACGCACACACACUCCCCUGAUUCUGACCACUCGCUCUUUGACUCAGAUGUGGGCACGGGAUCUGACAAUGACAUUCAGCUUAAGGAGGAUAUAAUGCCCGACCUGGAGGUUUGACCUGAGAAUGGAUGCGACUGAGACUGACGGAGAUGAGAACUGUGUCGGUUAGCUUGAAAAAUCUGGCAGUCUGGAUAGGUUGCCAGAUGGCAGCUCUCACAGCUGAAGAAACUAUUCCAGCUCCUCCACCUCUAAACGAUAUACCUUCCUGAUGGACAGACUGGGUAUUAAUAUGCAGAGCAUUCAAACUGAACCUCAUAACACACAUGCUACUGUAUGGUUUGCCCCCUCCUGUAACAUCAGAACUGUCCCAGUGGCAGUUUCUCUUUGCCUUAUUUGUCUUGUCCUAAGAUACAGAAGCUGGUGCGAAAGGUUAACACAAAAGAAACAUCUCAUCUCAUGAAAAGCGCGGCAACGACAGAGGAGCAGUGCAGACAAGACAGGUGGCACUUCACUUGCUGUGAAACGACGCAACUAAUCACCACUCUGCCAUGUGUCUUAACGCACAAACCCAUUCGAACAGGUGGAGAUUGAUCGUAUGGCUGAAAGUAACAGCUGCCGUGUCUCAGCUGUUAACCAUCCGUGUGCUGGAGAGGAAACACAGAUGACAUCAAGUGCCAGUCCAUGCUCUAGAUUGAUCCUUGUGUCAUUUCCUUUAUGCUACUAUAUGUGGGGAGAAUCUAUAUCAAAACAUAUGUAUGUCUCCAUCUGAAGACCACAAGCCGAGAUGUACUCAGAGGGAAAGAGGAGCAGAUUUGUGCCUGUUUUAUUCACUGGUUAUUGUCCUUCUUUCCCCCCAUUUAGUAAUUAUUUGCUUGCACUUUGUUAUGGGGAAGUUGGAGCUUUCAAUCACUGGUUUUAAUACCUCUUUGCUUUUAGUAACAAGCUGUAAUUCACAUAUUUGACCACUAGAUGGAGGCAGCAGUCAGCCUGAUGCCUCCUUUAUUCUGUAACAUCAAGGUCAUUCAACCCAGUGGACCUGCAGUCCAUUAAACACAGUAAAUAAUUUCUUCUUCAGUCCUAAACUUUAAUAUUAUGGUUCCCAUUCAUAGGUGACCUGUCACACUUGCAUACUGCGACUGAGCGCAGCAACAAAUCAGCCUUAGUUCUUUCAGACUAAAGAAAUGGGUGAAAAUAGUCUGCGACACUUUUUGUUGUGAUAUAAUUUAUUAUCAGUGCCACUUUGUUAUUCUUUCUAUAUGAUCUUAUGUGUCAAAUAUAUAUUUUUUGUUAAUCUUUGUGUUCUUAUUGCUCUCAAAGAGAGAUGUUAUUUUGCACUAGUGGAAAUUUAUUUUCACCUUAUUUCAACGGGAGCAAUCUGCUGUGGAAGUGGAGAAGAGUACAGGCCAAAUGAAUGGGAAACAUUAAUGUGUAUAUCAGUAGUACAGGACAGUGAGUCUUCUGAUAAUGAUUGUUAUGCGAGGGUACCGUGCUGCUUAUGUUAAGUUAAUUUUCCUGGGUGUGAAUGUCAUCAGUGAAGCAGUUGAUGAAGUCUUUGUAGAGACAGUCGGAAUACCAAAUCAACAGAACUCAACAUUGCUAGUUUAAAAACCUUGGGUAUAAAAUGGACCAAAAUGUCUCGGGAGGUGUUUGCUUUUGUCUGUCACGUUAAGCUUGGUGGAAGUGCUUGUAAUGGCAAUAUGAUUGCUGUAAAAAGAUUGUGGUGCAUAUAGAGUAGAUGUGACUUAAGUUUCAGGGUCAGUUCACCCAAAUUAGAAAAACUUUCCCACUUAAAUCUUGUGGCAUUGAGCCAUGCAAAUAGUUUUGGUUUUAUUCCUAAAGGUUUUAAGAUGUAGGCGUCAGUGUGAUUUUUGCAUCUGCCUUGAUACAACAGAGGGGUAUGGAUUUUUGUUUGUGGUGCUCAGAGUAUCCAAAACAAUUUUUCAUUCAGAUGAAUUUCCAAGCAGCGUUCCUAAAUCGCUCAGGUUAAUGUUAAUGUUAUGAUUUUUCCAUCUAUGGUGUCUAAUUUAAAAUGUGUUUCCCCUCGUUCAAACAAUUUAGAAUGAAUUUAGAGUGAAAAGUGAAAAGCCCAAGUUCCCAAUGAAGUCUGUGGACAGUUUCUUUACUUAAAGCUAAUCAGUAUUUCUUCUUUAUCAAAGGGCCAUGGCACAAUUCCUGGCUCACCAACUGGCCCCCUGGCAAAAAUAAUUGGACGUUAACAUUACUGUCUGUAAGAGGCUGUGGUAUGUGCAUCUUUUGAAACUAGACAAACUCUAGCAUACAUUGGUACCAACCAUGUCGACAUAGCUAGUCAGGAAAGGGGCUAAAUAGCACCCCAAAAUGCGGCAAAUUUUUUGGCAAGGGAACAACUGGCAUGGAAAUUUUUCAAGGAGUACUUUAAACUCUCACGUCAAGAUAACUGAAUGAAAAUGGGUUCUGCUGGUACCCACGAGUCUCCCCUAAAUGUGAAAGGACAAUCUACUCCUUCAAAGUAAAGCUGUAUGUUUUCAGUCUAUGCACAUCAGAUAAUUAGUAAUAUUAACUGUAAAAUAAGAAACCAAAGUAUAUCAGUAUGCAACUUUCCAUACUGACAUAGUUUUCAACUAGCCUAUAUACUUAAACAGCAUAAUGGAAUCCCAUAAAUUUAGUUAUGACUUUUGCUUUUGGUGUGUGACUCCAAAAUUUCAGCCCCAUUGCUUCUGACUCUGUAUUUCUGUUUUACAGCCCACAGCUUCACUGUGUGGGUUCACUCUCAAUGAUCUCAUCAGCAUCAUUUUUAAACAUAGCAGGCAGGUGUUUUAUUAAAUAAAAAUCCCCACUGUACGCUAUCUGCUCUGCUCCAAAUGCCGACAGACAAAGUUAGUGAGAAGUUGGUGACCAUAGUGGAGCAUUCAGCUGCGUGAUAGGCAGAGAUUUCCCUCAGGAGUCGGUGCAGAACAUUGGACCUACAUUUAUCAGAUGGCCAGAAACACGGCUCCACAUGAAUGCUAAUGUUGCUCCGUGUCUGCUAGAGAUGUAAAUGUUUGACAACAAAACAAAAUCUGACGGAAAUCUGAGAGACUAAUAUGAACACCUGGACACACAAACCAAGACUAUCUGCGUGGUUAUGUAGCAUUUGGAGAAGAUAUGUGAAGAUACGUUGUUUCACAGUUUGGGUGAAGUGACCCUUUAAAUGAGGAGCCUGAAUAGAUAGGUGAGUUAGUGACAGAAGGCAAGAGUUUGAUCGAGAUACUCGGACUCUGGAGACAACCUUCUUCCAUCAUGUCGCCCUGUGGUUCACAUCCUGACCCAACCUGGCUUGAAAUGUGUGUUUUUCAGUCACCUCAUCCAGUCUGGGCAUCAUAUACAGUUGGACUGCUUUAAUCAAGCCAUAUAAAAACUAAAUGUCUUGUUAUUGGAAACUAUGUCAUAGCAUUACUGCUGGGGUAAUGUAAAUAUUGUAUGUGUGACAAAGUGUACCAUACUGUAUGUAGAGCUGACUGACUGAUCAAACUACCUAUGGAUGUGCAGUCAUAAACUGGAGCGACUGGAUGAUUUCAAUAAAGACUAGC